UUUCGAUUUCGUCGCUCGUCUAUAUCCCGUUUUGGGUCGAUGGCCAAACAGGAACCCAUGAUUGUUGUCGAUGAGUCGCAAAUUGUCGAAGAAGAUGAUCAAGAAAGCUCUGAAACACCCUCGAAUAAAGCCAGUCUCGACAUUGAUUCACCUGUUAAUCCCUAUUUGUUAUCACCAUGGCGAGAUCCCAGAGAAAGUCGCAAACAUUCGCUACCCUCGCAGCAGGUUACCGAGGGUAUUACAGCAAGUCAGGUCAGACGUCUGUCGGAGCGGGGCGGCGAAGGAUCUGGACCAUCGCCCAAGGAAGCCGCAUUCCUUGCAACCCUUUCACAGGCUCCAGCACCCUCUGGAAGGCGUCAUUCUGUGGUCACCAUUUCCAAAGUCCCACCAACCAUAUUUGGCCGGGCACGUCGCGAAUCCGUUGCAGCCUUACCAAACAAUCGUUUAAUAGGUUCUCGCCGGGAGAGCAACACCUCCACUGGACCACCAUCCACCGAUCCGAUCGGCAGCAUACAUAAUCUGCAAUUGGACAUUAUGGACGACAUCGUACAGUCGCGUAAGGCACGCAUGAAACUUUGGACCACAAGCAGUGAAAAAGUGUGCGAAGUGGAAACCCUAAAUGAGGUGGGUGGUACAACGCCACAGCGUUACACUAAUCGUCGCUAUUCUGAAUGCGUUUCAGCUCAGCCCACACCAUCACCAACACCAAGCUAUCGCAGACCCUCCGAACAUCCCGCCGUUAUGUCACCCUGCAUCACCCAGCCAACCAGCAAUCGUUCCUCGACCAGGCGAAAGAAAAGUUCAGGAUUUUUAGGUGGACGCACAGAUAUUGGUUCGAUUUUUAGCAAUCUCACUUCGUCGGCCAUUGAAAUACAUAAAUGUGAAGACAAACCCACACCACCACCCUCGGCAUCAGCAACAAAAACCAAGACCACACUGCAGGCACCCUCACACAGUAGUUCCAAUCUAUUGGACCCCAAUGCUGGCCGCUCGACUAGGUCCAAUAGUUUCGAUGUCUCGAUACUCAAUAAUGCUAAGCAAUUGGUCAGUGAUGCUCAGGAUAAUAGUUCGGCAGCUUUGUCGGGUUGGUUUGCAAAUCGCCAUGAGCCCAUGGCUCGCAAAAAGAGCAUACGCAGUAAAAGCACCGCCAUGGCUCUGUCAAAAGAUGUCCUAGAAAAGCUACAAGCCAAAGAUGUGUUGCGCGAGAGUAAACCCAAGCUAAAGCCACGAAGCAAACAGAAAAGUUGGACAGAUCAUACGAAGGGAACAAUUGUUGAUGCCACGGUAAUUGGUUCGGCCAUAGAAGGAUUCUUGCGUAAAAACUCAGCUUCAGGGCCAUCGGGAAGUAGUGGCAGCAGUAGCAGCACAGCUGCCACUUCCAGCGGCAGCAAGACGAACAAAGGCGGUGCAGUUCCCAAAGAUUAUGGUUCCUCGAGGCGAAGUCGCACCCAGGCACAGGCUGCUAAUGCGGUGCGCUCCACCCUCAAUUGGUUUGGCAAGGCCGAUGAGGAUGACACCAAAGAUACCUGUGAUGCAUCGCUUUGCUCCACGCUCAAGGAUUUGUUUGUCAAAUAAUUGCCGGGGAAUCCCUUAUUUAAAUUAAAAUAAUCCCAACUGUUUUGUUGUUUUAAGUUUCGACGACUUAUUGCCUUGA